CAAAAAUCAUUACAUUCACAACGUGAGUUCCAUACUGUGAUCUGUCAUCUGUUGCGCGCCUUCUCACGUUGGUUUUAAAAAUCGAACAUAGUAUUUAAAAAUAAAAUAGUGAAACAGAUUAAAAUAUUGUGCCAGUGAAAAAUGGUUCGUCACAUAAGUGUUCUAUUGUGUUGUUUAUGCUUUUUGAGUAUAACAUUGAGUGAUAGCGCCAUAACCGCAGAAAGUGAAACGAGAUGUAGGAAUCCACCCACUGCACCACAAAAGAUCGAGCGAGUGAUCACCCUCUGUCAAGAUGAAAUUAGGCUUUCGAUUCUAAGAGAAGCGCUGGAUGUCAUCAAAGAGGAGCACACGAUGCCGGCGGAGAGGCGCAGGAACAAGAGGGAAGUUCCCUUCACACAUGAUGAGAAGAGAAUAGCUGGGUGUCUACUGCAGUGUGUUUACCGGAAAGUGAAAGCUGUGGACGGCUACGGUUUCCCAACACUGGAGGGUCUGGUCAGUCUGUAUUCAGACGGCGUGAACGAGAGAGGUUACUUCAUGGCUGUGCUUGAUGCGUCCCGGGAGUGCCUUAUGAAGAAUCACGAUAAAUUCUCGAGGACGGUUCCUAUGAAUAAUGGGCUGAAUUGUGACAUCUCUUUCGACAUAUUUGAGUGUAUCUCAGACCGGAUCGGCGAAUACUGCGGUACUACAGGACUUUGAAUUUAUUAACUUAAGUGUGAUGUCUAAACAAGACAUUUACAAAAUGAUUUAUAAUAAGAGCAUAAUAAAUCUUGGGAGACCUAUAGACACUUAUUAACCUUUUUCAUUUGAGAAAAACUCUCAUUCCGAAAUUACAAAAAAAUAUUAUGUACAAUGAAUAACUACUUAUUGAUUUUUUAUAUACAUAGACACUAGGCUUUUGCAUAGAUAAUAGUAGUCCAUAUAAAGAAUACUGAAAUGUAACGUUUCGUAAAAAUUAAAGAUGUAUUCGUUAAUAAUGUAGUUACCAUACGAUGUUUAUAUUAACUUAAUUUUAUAAUUAGAAUAAGUGUUUAUAUUGAAAAUUGUAAACGUGAUAAUUUAUAAAAAUAUUAACUUUACUAAUUAUGAUGCUCACUUUCCUUUAAUAUAUGUAUUUAUGUGAACUCUCUUAUUUUCUAAAAACCAAAAGUCACUGUAUUUAUAUUUAUAUGAUGGAUCUUUAUAGUAUACCUUGAGUUGACAAUAUCUGAGAGGACCAGGACGAAACACUUAUCAACUUUUUUCAUUUCAGAAAA